CAUCACACUUGAGGAGCGACCGGACCUUGUCAUGUGACCCAGGCUCCAGCUUCGUCCAGGGAUGGAGCCGGAAGAGGGGACACCCUUGUGGCGGCUGCAGAAGCUUCCAGCCGAGUUGGGCCUGCAGCUUCUUCACAAAAUAAUUGAUGGCAUCUGUGGCCGAACUUAUCCUCUCUACCAGGAUUAUCAGAGUGUUUGGGAUUCAACAGAAUGGGUACAUGUUCUAGAAGAUAUUACCAAGUUUUUCAAAGCUGUAGUUGGUAAAAGUUUAUCUGAUGAAGAGAUAUCUCAGCAAUUGAAUCAAUUGAAUUCAUUUCAUCAAGAAGCUAUCAUAAAAUGCUUGAGAAGUAGGAAAGAUGAAAUCAAGCAGGCUCUGUUAGAAGAAAUUGUUGAUAUUUCCUCUGCACAGCUACAGGAUUUUGACUGGCAGUUAAAGCUUGCACUUUCUAGUGACAAGAUUGCCACGUUACAAAUGCCACUUUUAAACCUUCAUCUAGAUGUAAAAGAAAAUGGUGAAAUCAAACCAUAUUCUGUUGAAAUGAGUAAAGAAGAGCUGCAGAAUUUAAUAAAUUCCUUGGAAGCAGCUAAUAAGGUCGUCCUGCAGUUGAAAUAACUGGAAAUGAUGAAUGCCCACAUUAUCAGAUUCCACUGCUACAACUGAUAUGACAGAAUGAAUACUGUGUGUUCAGAAAACCUGUGAGAUACUAUUAAGCUGAGAAAGCAGCAGUAUUGAGAUUAGAAAGAUAAAAAUUAUCAACUUCCCUAAAGAACAGGAAAUUACAUGGUUGACAGGAAAUGCAUAGAAAAUGAAAGAUAAAAGCCUAUAAUAGUGGUUUAUAUUUUCGUAAUGACUGUUCUGUUUCAUUUAUUAAAUAUUUGAGAAAUCUUUAUAGAUAUAGAGUUUUAUUAAAAACUAAAAAUAGGCUCUAAAGUAAUGUAAACAUACAAAGCACAAAUAUACUUGAAUCUUGCUUAACAAAGUAUGUGAAUAGCAAGGAUGUGUAUUAUGAAUACAUAUGACUAAUUUGUGAUAUUUAAAAAAAAAUCACAUUUAAAGAAUGUAUAAGCUGCAUAUGUAACUCAGGAGAUUCUGUAUCUUUUUCAUUUCAAAGGAAAGAUUAUAAAAUGUAAAAUUUCUUAGAGAAAGAAGCUCUUCAGACAUGAACAAGAAAAAAAUAACUGAAUAUGUGAACAGUUUUGAGUUAUGAAUUCUAGAAACUAAAAUCUUAUACUAGAACAUGGGAACAAUGCAAUAACAUGGUUACUUUUGUAUUUCUGUAUCCAAUUGGGAGAGUAUACUCUGAUAAAAAGAAUAUAUGUCAUUGUGUAGUGUAUAUAUUAUUAUUCAAAUAUUAGCUAAGUCUACAUCUGUAUGUUCUUUUUUGUUUUAAACUCUUAAUAUUGAAUUUGACAGUUUGGGAUGUUAACAACUUUAUUGGCAAACAGGUUAUUUUAAAUUUUAGUUAACUUUAAAAACAAGCAUUCUGAACAAAUAAAAAAUACCAUUUUAUUUUUA